AUGACGGCGGACCUCCGAGGCCUGGUCCAGGGCAGAAAUCGACAGGCGCACCUCUCUGGCCAUCCAAGCAAGCUAAACAACCACACAACUCGACCAAUUGAGCACUGGGCAGAUAUGCCGCCUUCCAUAUGCCUACGCACCUUGUCACAGCUGUCGCUUGAUGCCAGUGCUCAUGGUUGCAGCCCACAUGUGCCCCGCCUGCUGCGACCGCAAAUAGGAACCGCUUGCCUUUCCACAUCGGCCACCCGCUAUGCCGCCGUAGUCAAGAAAAAGGGCAUGACGGCCGCGCCGAAAAAGGGCAUCAAGUCUCUGAACACGAAAAAGGGCAAGUCGACACCAGGAGGCGACGCGGGCAAGCGGCCCGGCCAGGGAGAGAGGAAGGCGCUCCGCAAGCGCAUCAUCCUCAGCAACGACAAUGCACUGCACGUCUCGUCACUGCAGGAUCUCGACAAGGCAAACGUUCUCAGCGAGAAGAAUGAGGGAAAAGUCAUGGGCCUGCCUCAAGAGCACGUCGUGGAUGCGCUGAGGGCCGUCGAUGCCUUCAAGCCAAACCAAGCAUGGAGUCUGUUCCGCCGCCCGGCCGUGCUGAUGAGGAGGGAAGCCAUACAACUGGCCCGCUUGUUCUCCGACAUCGAAGACUCAGCAACCAACGAGCAGCAGCAGCAGAAGAAGAAGAAGAAGACGAUACGGAGGAUAUUGUGUGGCGAGCGUGCGAGCGGAAAGAGUACGCUGCUGCUCCAGGGCUUGGCCAUGGCUUUCUUGCGCGACUGGUUCGUCAUCAACCUCCCAGAAGCUCAAGACCUGGUCAAUGCCCACACUGAUUAUGCUCCCCUUCCCAAUUCACAGCCAAUGCAAUACACCCAAGAUACUUACACAGCCAACCUGCUGCAGCAGAUGCUAAAGUCCAAUCGAGCAUUUCUCCACGCCACCAAAGUGAGCACAAAGCCUGACCUGCCUCUGCCGCUUCCGCCUGCCGCUACGUUAGGAGAUCUAGUCGCGCUCGGAAUGGCCAACCCCGAGGCCUCAUGGCCAGUCUUCGUUGCGCUCUGGAACGAGCUGUCCGUGCCUGGCCGUCCGCCAGUUCUGCUGGCCCUCGACGGCCUCUCUCACAUUAUGCGCCACUCGGAAUACAUGUCUGCUGAGGUCAAGCCUAUCCACGCCCAUGAUCUGACCCUGGUCGACCACUUUGUCCAACACCUCUCAGGCCAGAAGGAGCUCCCCAACGGCGGCAUGGUAAUUGCCGCCACCUCACAGUCCAACUCACCCACGUCUCCUGCCCUAGACUUUUGCAUCCAAGCAGCACGAGCGCGUCAAACGUCAGGAGACAUGCCACAAUGGAAUCCGUACAAAAAGGUAGAUUCGCGUGUCAUGGACGCCCUCCGAGACCUGCCCGGCGAAUCCUACAAUUUCGACAUCAUCAACGUCGGCGGCCUCAGCAAGGAAGAGGCCAGGUCUAUAAUGGAAUACUAUGCCGAGAGUGGCAUGCUCCGCCACAAAGUCAAUCAGGGCUUUGUGACGGAGAAAUGGAGCUUGGCAGGCAUGGGUAACAUUGGCGAGCUGGAAAAGGCAAGUGUGCGCAUGCGACUGUAG